AUGGCUGACAACACUGACAAACGGGCAUCGUUGUUAGCUUCCACAGCUCUCGGGCUGUUCAGGGCCGGUAGAUUAGAGGAUGCCGCCAGGGCCCUUCGAGAGGCGAUUCAUCUUGCCCCGCAGAACCCACAAGUUCGUGCCGCGUUUCAACACAUUCAAGAAACCCAAGAUUCAGGUUCCAAGAUCCCAGAGCUUUGCCGGAAGCUAUUAGAAGAUGGGGAUGCCGAGUCUGGUGGCGAAGCUGUAAAGAUAGUACAGAGUGGAGGAAGCCUGACUGCAGACCAAGCAAAGGCAAUUGUCCUUGCAGUUAUUCAGUAUGAAGGAGAAGACAACGUCAAGGCUUUAGCGGGAAGGCUGCUUGGUGCUGUGGUCAAUCAGAAUACGGGUGGAAAGGCUUUACUUACGGCUAUGGUCACCGACAAAGGAACGAGAGAACGGACUUUUGAAAGAGUGCUAGACCUUGGCAUCGAGGCUGUAGAGUCUCUUACAUCGACUGUCUUAGACGCAAAAACUUGGGAGGGUGAACAACGAGACACCGUUGAGAGGGCAUGGUUUCGAUAUCUUGUUAGCCAAUUGGCUAAAGGCCAACGGGGAGAGUCAUCUAUCCGGCCUAUUUCGCGGAUGCUGGCUGCGGAUGCUCAAAAGCUACAAUCUUUAAUUGGAAAACAUGAGUUCAUAGACUUCAUAACUCUUAUUACAAACGGAUCAAAGGAGGACACAAGAACGGGAGCCUUGUUGGCAGCGGCCAAAUAUCUCGAGUCAAUCGAGUCCGAGUUAUCCUUACAACUUCUUGGUGACUUCCUGACGACAAGGUUGGCCUCCGGUGAUGACGAGGAGAUGGCUCUGGCAUUUAAUGUCGCAGCAGCGCUAUUUCCAGUUGCAACAAACAGUUUGUCAAAUUUGUUCCAUACAGAUGGUUUUGUUCAGAAUCUAGUACCAUCUUUACAAGGGCGGCCCCAGACAGUCGAGCUAGCUGCUAUUAACUUAAUGUCUGCAGCUUGUAUCGACAAAACUUGCAGAGAUGCCGUGUCGAAGAAUUGCGAAGACUACCUCACUGCAAUGGCUUCCAGCAAAAGUGACGCAAGUACAGCCGCAUCCCUCGCUCUUGCAAAGCUUUCAGGAGAUACUCCGGCACCCCCCCCUGGUCAAAAGGAGCCAGUAAAACCGCCGAAGUCAGACAAGGAGAUCGAAGAGCUGGCGUCAACAUUUAAGGGCCUACUAUCAUCAUCUUCUGAUGCCUCAAGGCAACAAUCAGUAGAAGGCUUAGCAUACACUUCACUCACACCCUCCGUAAAGGAAACUCUUGCAGCCGACUCCUCAACUAUAAAGUCUCUUCUUAGCCUUCUCAAUCCUAGUACGAGCACAUCAAUAGUGUUCGGCGUCCUCACCACGAUUGAUAAUCUCACUCGCUAUACUAAACCUCUAACAGAGGAACAAUUAAAAAUGGCGCAGCUGAAAAACUAUGCUAAUGCCACACCAUCCUCCAAAACUCCCGGCGAAAUACCCAAGUUGGAUCAGGAUCCUUGUGUUAACAAACGUUGCCAGUCACUACUUGCUGCGGGUGUCGUACCGGCCUUAGUAAGGCUUGCUAAGAAGACGUCCCCGCAAGCUACGGCAUUAACUUCAUCUAUUAUUCUAUCUCUCUCCAAAGUCAGUGCCCAUCGUGGAAUAAUGGCACAACAAGGUGCUGUUAAACUUUUACUCCAAAUAUACUCCUCUCUCCCGACAAUACCGACUCCAUCAUCCUCAGAUCCCGAGUCAACAUCCUCGGAAACCCAUCCGGAGUCUAGUGUACACACUAUCACAGCACACGCCCUCUCCCGGCUCCUCAUUUCAGUGAACCCAUCAUUAGCGUUCAGCGCCUCGGUCCCCAUCAACUCGUCUCUUCCACCACUUUUAAACCUUAUAAAAUCCAUCCACAACUCCACCGCUGAUUCAAGAGAUUUAUUACCGCUCUUUGAAGCCCUCUUAGCCCUUACAAAUCUAGCCUCUACAACGGAUUCUAUUCGUUCGGUUAUCGUCAAAAAAGAGUUCACAAUCAUAGAAGAGCUGUUACUACAUGCUAAUGAUAUGAUUCAACGUGCUGCGGUGGAGUUAGUGUGUAAUCUUAUGGUUGCACCUGAAACCGUCAGUUUAUUUGUUGAAGGGCCAAGGAGUGGGAAUAGGCUGCAGAUGCUAUUGGCAAUCGCACAGGCAGAUGAUGUACCAAGCCGUUUAGCGGCUAGUGGGGCAUUGGCAAUGUUGACAGAGUGGGAUGCAGGGGUUAAGAAGAUUUUAGAGAGAGAAGGUGGGGUACAGAGAGUACUUGAAGUAUGUGAGGAUGAGGAAGAUGGUGUUGUGUUCCGAGGGGUUGUGGUGGUCAGGAACUUGGUUAUUGUGGGAGGUGAGGAUGGUUCAAAGAAAGUGAAGGAAGAAGGUGGUGUGGAUGUAUUGAAAAGGAUAUUGGAGGAAGCUGUCGCUGCAGAAGAGAAAAAUGGGGACAUGAUAUCCGCUUUGGUGGAGGUUUUGAAGGUUUUAGUCAAGUAG